AUUGCUAAAUUCCAAAUAUUAUUAUAUUGCUGCAGAGUGAACGUGCUAUCACAAGAUGAAGUGCGCGGUGGCUAUAGUGCUUGCUCUGGUCGGCAUCUCCAUUGCUCAGCCAACUCCCCUCGGGCUAGGCCUCACCGGACUAGCGCACGGACCCCUGCAGCCAGCUGGGGUAAUCACGUCAAGCUUCGUCAACCACGGGGUAACUCUGCCAAGAGCUGUACCUAUCGUUACCCCACUGGUUAUACAACCAAUUCCCUCGUACAGUGUCCCAGUUUUAAGUAAUUACUACGGAUAUUCACAUUAAAUGAAUACUCAUAAAAUUGAUUUUAAAACAUAAGUAGAACAAUACCACGCAAUUCUUUUACAAACGAGCAAAUUUCUCCAACUGACAUUAUUGUAAAUAUACCAUUUCGGUUGAUUUUUAUGACUAAUUUAUUUUAAUUAUUCACUUUCCACCAGUCCCUUCUUGUUCUUUGGUGAAUUUUACUCGUAUAUAAGAAAUAAUAAGGGCGGGUCACAUAACUUUAUAUUUUUAAUUUGCGCUUUCAAUAUAGCCUUAAUCGUACACACUUACCUAACUAACGUAAUAAAUACUAGAUAAUAGACACACAGAAACCUGGAUGAUCAAAACAUUGUUCGUUCUAAAGUUCUGUGGUAUUAUCGACUGCGACAAUCUGAUUAUUUCAACUUGCAAACAUUAAAAUAAGGUAAUAAACAUUUAUGAGGUGUUGUGAAGUUUUAUUUGAAUGUUAUCACUUUUGUAAAAUGUUUCCUUUGAGAAUGUUGUGGGUUUUGAUGAUGCUGCAAGUUGGCAGAACUCUUGCGGAGAUCAGCGAGGAGUCUGAUGAUAUGGAGAGAGAGAGCAUAGUAAGAAGAGAUACGAACAAAAGAGAGUGGCAAUACGAAGGCAUACCAAUAGAAUUCUCAGUGGCAGAAACUGAAGACAAGAUAGUGAAUUCAACUGAAUCACCUGCAGAUGUCGUGGUAGAUGAGCAGGCAGACCGACGCUACCGGCGAAUCUACAACGCAGACGAGGCGGCCGCUAUCGAGGAAUACCCGUUCCUGGCAGCGCUGCUCGUCAACCGGCAGCUGUGGUGCGGCGCUGCACUCAUCGCUGCCGAUCGCGCGCUCACGGCGGCGCACUGCCUGCAGCUCCAAUACAACAACAGGUUUUUCCGAGAAUACGUGAAGAUGCUCUCCGUCCGAGUUGGUUCGUCGAAUGCGACCGCCGGCGGAGAAUUGUACAGGGUGUCCGAAAUCUUUUUCCAUCCAAACUAUAAACCUAACACCUUGGAGUUUAACUUCGCUGUUAUUCGCCUGCACAAAAACAUUAGCUACGAGAGUGCGUCGUACAAAGUGUCUAUGAUUGAGUACUCCAGGGACACGAACGUGCCAACAGACAGCGUGAUCACAUUCCUUGGAUGGGGUUCCGUAUUGGGUGUGGGCGGCGUUGGUGGACAGGUGCUGCUGCAGAAGCUAGAGCUGCCGAUCUACGACCUGGCUGAUUGUCAGGAAGUGUACGGACGUGAUCUCGUGACACGCACUAACUUCUGCGCUGGAUACAUCACAAAAGUUAAGAAUGUCUGCAACCACGACGCGGGCGGGCCGGCCAUAAUGAACGGCAUGCUGAUCGGCACGUUGUCGUUCUCCUCAAAGCGCUGCGACCUGCCCGACCAGCCCGCGGUGUUCUCCAGGGUCGGAGCGGUCGCCGCCUGGCUGGACCACAUCGCCGACCAACCCAUCACAUUCAGAACUGGAAAAUUGAAAAAGCCAGAAUGGAUCAACCGACCCCAAUGAAACACUCAUUAUCACAAAUAAUAUAUUUAUCUAAUACUGUACAUCGCAACCGUACCUACGAAGCAAGAAAUGAAUAACAACAAUACUUUUAAAUAUAUAUUUCUAUCCAACAUACAACAUUGAAUAACAUACAAUUUUUAUUUGUGUUCAUCAUCGGUUCCAUCAAUAAAGUUGACAUGGAAUGAUA